UGUUAUUGUAAAUAAUAAUACGAGCUGGUGUCGCUAGAGUGUCGUUAACGUUUCUUUGUAGAAGCGGUGCUCGGUUAUUUUGAUAAAAAAUCAAACGAUAGCAGCCGGAUGCGAAUUACGCGAACAAUUUUUAAUAAAGCAAGCGACAAAUUGCUCCGUUGACGUCACGUGGCGAACUUAGAUGGUGGGGGAGAUAGAAUUUCUCCGCAGCUGUCAAUAGUAUGGUUCUUUAAAUAGCUGGUUUGAUGUACGGUAAAACGAGAAACCUCGUGGUUUUCGUGAAUUACCCAGUGGAUCAAUUAAAAAUAAUUCUUCAAUGAACAUUUACGUCCGUCAAAUCAUUCAGCCACACGUUGGCAUUACGAACAAUAUUUCUUAACCUCAAAAAUGUGUUGGCAAACACUUUGCACAGUCACCGUAAUAUAACCUGUCCUCAAAUACUAAUAUAGUUGCGUAAAUAUUUGGGUGAAAUUACUUUACAAAACACACGACAGUUACUUAAAAAUGGCUGACAGAUUGGAACAUCUCAGGAUUUACUUUGUCACAUGGAAUGUGGCGACUAAAUAUCCGGAACAAAAUUUAUAUCAACUUCUCGAUGUUACUCAUAGUAAUUCAUCGAGAACAUUACCAGAUUUAUACUUCAUUGGAUUGCAGGAAGUGAAAGCUCAACCACAGAAUAUGGUUUUAGAUAUGUUCUUUGAAGAUCCAUGGACUAAGUCUUUUAGAGAAAUAUUGAAACAGUAUGAUUAUGUAAAAAUACGUACGCAGCGUUUACAAGGUCUUGUUUUAAAUGGUUUUUGCUUACGGAAACACAUUACACACUUAAGAUCGAUAGAAGCCCAGUAUACAAAAACGGGGUUCAAAGGCAUGUGGGGCAACAAAGGAGCAGUCAGUAUAAGAUUAAAUAUAUAUGGAGUCAGUAUGUGUAUCGUAAACACGCACUUAACACCUCAUGAUCAUUUACUGGCAGACAGAAUAAUAGACUAUAAUACGAUACUCACAAAUCAUAGCUUUACUUGUUCAGAUACUUCAAAAAUAUUAUAUCACGACUAUGUAUUUUGGAUUGGAGAUUUAAAUUUUCGAUUAAUUGAAAACGAUUUAUCUGCUACCGAAAUCGAUUUAAUGGUUAAAAGAAAUCAAUUAAAAUGCUUGCUGGAAAAAGAUCAGCUGAAAUCUGUGAUGAAGAAUGGCGAAGCGUUUGCCGAGUUGAAUGAAAAUGCUAUUACAUUUCCUCCAACUUACAAAUAUGAAUUUGCAUCGCAGGAAUUUGAUCUCAACAGGCGUAGACCUUCUUGGACUGAUAGAAUUUUGUACAAAGUAAAUGCAGAUGUUUACGAUGAUGUAAAACUUAACGCUAUUCAGCAGAAUUAUAAAAGUCAUUCCAAUUAUAUACAAUCAGACCAUAAACCUGUCACAGGAGAGUUUGAUAUUGUUGUUAGGCCUGGAGUGCCGGAUCAUGGUGUAGAGUUCCAACCUGUAUCACAAUGGUUCAUAGACGAAGAAAAUUCUGUAUCGUAUAGAUUGUUAGGAGAUGCUAAACGUGCUAGUGGUGACUGGGUAGGCCUUUUUCAUAAUGAAUUUUCUAGCUUGGAUGAAUAUAUCGUCUAUGAGUAUGUAGGUCGAGGUAAAGCGUCUCCGAUUCCUUUUGAACCCCACGCGAUCACGGAACGAAUUUAUUUCAGCGAUACGGCUAUUCGUGCACCGGGAAUAUAUCGCUUGGUUUAUGUUGCUCAAGAGGGGAAUUUGGUUGGAAUUUUAGGCGUUAGUCCACCAUUCCCAGGAUAUCACAGACUUGGCUGAUUAAUUUUUUUUAUUUAUCGACUGUUAAUGUAUAUGUUACAAAUAAGCCGAUGCACUUGCUAUAUGUGUUUAAUUGUCAAAUUCACAUAAGAAUUGAGACACUAUGAUGGAGUCGCUGUAAAUUACUUUCGUUGAAUUUUUUACUCUUUGAGGUCCAACAUUUUUUAACACUUUAUUGCGAUGUUUAUUCGCAAAGAGAUGGGGCAAUAUUUUAUAUUUAGGUUUACAGUAUAUUUUACUUCGAAAUUGGUAAAAGAAUCUAUUACGUGUCCUUAAUGUUUCAAAUUGUUACAUUUCAGUAAUGAAAAUAAAAUAAUAUGUAUAUGUAUGUAUAUAGAUAUACAUAUAUCAUACAUCAGAGGACCACAAAGGGAUUAGAUACGAUACUGUUUAAUAGCAUAAUGAGUUACCAAGAUUGAAAACGUAAAUGUAAGGGAUUUGAAAUUGCGACUAGUAAACUGAAAUAAGAAUUGUAGUUGAUACUGUAUCGUUCGGUAAAUAACGUACAUUUCUCAAAAUAGUUCAUUUUUUUUAUAUUAAAAAGAUUUGCUAAUUAAUUAAUUUAAACUAAUAUGCGAAUAACAAGCUUCUUCGCAUAUACGAGAUUGAUCAAACUGAUUACAUUCCUCAAUUCUGAAAGUGCAAUAUUUACUGAAUCGUACAGUAACAUUGUAUUAGACAGGAGAAACAAACUAAUUUACGAAUGUCAUGUAAGAACCGGUUUCUUUGUCAGUGUUCGAAUGUUACUUUUGGUACCUGGUUUUUCCUGUCGGGCUAUUGCCCAAAGGCACUAGUGCUUAAAUGUCUUACGCUUCGGAGCUUAUUAGAGAGUGCUGAAAUAAUUUUAUGCACCUGACGUACGACUGCUAUCGUAGAUGAGAAUCGUUACCUUAAAUACCUUCGAUUGGUUUAGCAAAUCGUUACGACGGUUUGGUUGUACAAAUCCGCGGCUAUUUUAUUUUUAUAGUGCGAUAGAAACGCAAAAAAACGAACAAAUAUACACUGUGGUAUAAAAGGGUAUGCAAAUAAAGAAUAAUAUUUUUUA